GUCACGUUCCAUUUAGCUUUACGUUCCGCUCUUUCCUGAUAGAUGAAACUUACUGAUCUUCGAAAUGAGUCAAAGAUAUUAACUAAUAUUCCUUCCGAUUUCAAAUAUUAUUUAAUUUUUUUACAAAUCAACAACCGUAGUGUAAGUGGAAAAAAAAACACAGAAGGAUUUUUAUUGAAAGCGUGAGACGUUCCGAAUUGGGACGCGGUCGAAGGGAUUCAGCCGCUCUUCUCCGCGCAGCACCACAACAAGGAAAAGUGACAAGAGGACCGGGAUUCAGAUAAAUAAGAGUUUAAAGAGCGCGUCGGACGAGGCGAGAGCGGAAGCGGGUCCGCAACGGGUCUCUCCGCCGCUCAACCCACUCGGCACGAGGGCAGCGGCCGCCGCAGGCUCCCACGGACACCAUGGUUAGUGAAGAGAGGCGCGCGUGGACUUCAGCUGAGCAGCGAUGACCAGUGAGCGCUAGACGAGCGUAGGCUGCGCGGCUCCCAGAACACAUUCCCGUCUGCUGUUGGGUCGCGUCCAGUGGUCCGGAAAAAUGGGGCAUCCUCCCCUGGAGUUCAGUGACUGCUAUCUGGACAGCCCCAACUUCAGGGAGACUCUCAAGUGCUACGAGCAGGAGUUGGAGAAAACCAGCAAAUUCCUGAAGGAGCUGAUAAAAGAUGGCAACAGUGUAAUCAAUGCACUCAACGGAUAUUCCACGGCCGUGCAGAAGUUUUCCCAGACCCUCUGCUCGUUCCAGUUCGACUUCAUCGGCGACUCCCUCACGGACGACGAGAUAAACAUUGCCCAGUCGUUCCAGGAGUUCGCCGGACUCCUGCAGGAAGUGGAGCACGACAGGAUGAUGCUGGUUCAGAACGCGUCCGAUCUGCUCAUCAGGCCGCUGGAGAAGUUCAGAAAAGAGCAGAUCUCCGUAACAAAAGAGAAGAAGAAGAAGUUUGAGAAGGAGAGCGAGAAGUAUUACUCGCAGCUGGACAAGCACCUGAGCCUGUCUGCCAAGAAGAAGGAGAGCCAACUGCAGGAGGCGGACGAGCUCCUCGACAGAGAGCGGGUCAACUUCUAUGAGUCGUCCGUGGAGUACGUGUACCAGAUCCACCAGGUGCAGGACAAGAAGAAGUUCGAUGUGGUGGAGCCGGUGCUGGCGUUCCUUCACAGCAUCCUGACGCUCAACAACCUGACGGUGGAGAUGACGCAGGACUUCAUGCCCUACAAGCAGGAGCUGCAGCUCAGCUUGCAGAACACGCGGAACCACUACGAGAGCACCCGCGAGGGGAUGGAGGAGCUGAUGAAGAGGAUGACGCACCCGUCCCAAAUCUACAAGAUGCACAGUUUCCCCAUGGAGGGCUACCUGCUGUGCCAGGAGAAGUGGGCGCUGGGCGUGACCUGGGUCAAAUACUAUUGCAAGUAUGAGAAGGAGGACAGGCGUCUGCUCAUGGUGCCCUGUGAGCAGAAGACCACCACGAAGCAGGGCCCCGCGCUGCUCACGCUGAAGUCCUGCAUCCGGCGGAAGACGGACUCCAUCGACAAGCGCUUCUGCUUCGACGUGGAGACCGCCGAGCGAAACACACCUGUCACGUUCCAGGCUCUUUCAGAGGGGGAGAGGAAGCUGUGGAUGGAGGCCAUGGAUGGAAAGGAGCCAAUCUAUCAUUCCCCAAUCCACAAGCAGGCUGAAAUGGAGCUGAAUGAAAUAGGAUUCAAGUUUGUGCGAAAGUGCAUCAACUACAUUGAAACUAAAGCACUGACACAAGAAGGAGUGUAUAGAACAGUUGGCAGCAACAUCCAAGUGCAGAAGCUUUUAAACGCCUUCUUUGACCCAACAAACCCCGGAGACGUGGACUUUCACAGCAGUGAAUGGGAGGAAAAAGCCAUCACAAGUGCAUUGAAGUUUUAUCUGAGGAGUCUGUCUGAACCCCUGAUGACCUACAGUCUGCACAGGGACCUCGUGUGCGCCGCAAAAUCAGAUAAUCUGGACUUUCGACUGAGUGAAAUUCAUUCGCUCACUUACAAAUUGCCAGAGAAAAGUCGGGAGAUGCUGGAGAUGCUGAUUAAACACUUGGUCAAUGUGUGCAGCCACAGUGACCAAAACCGGAUGACCCCUUCAAACAUGGCGGUCAUCUUUGGACCCACGCUGAUGAGGGCAAAGGAGGAGACGGUGGCGGCCAUGUUGGAUAUCAAGUUCCAAAAUAUCGUCGUUGAGAUUCUGAUUGAGGACUACAGAAAGAUCUUCAGCCACAUGCCGGAGGAGAGCAGCGUCCCGCCGGUGCCGCCCCCGCGGGCCGCGCCCAGGAAGCGGCAGCCCAUCACCAUCUCCAAGCGGCCGGCCCGCGUUUAUCAGGCUCUGGGGCCCGGCUUCGGCCAGCUCGCUCAGACAGAUGGCCAGAGCGACAGCGCCGGCGCCGACGGAGCGGCGAGCCCGCCGCCGCCGCAGAGGGCCCGACCCGCGAGCGGGGCGCCGCCCCCUCCGAGGGAGCCGCCGCCGCGCCAGGCGCUGGUGCCGGCGCCGAGGCCGGCCCAGCGUCUGGACCGGCAUCCGGACUGCGAGGCGGCGAGGGCCGACGAGGGCCCGGCGUCGGCGGCCAACGGGGAGUCGGGCGUGUACGUGAGCCGAGUGCCCUCCUUCCAAAGCAGGAAGCCGCCGCCGCCGAAGAGCGCGCCGGCUCUCAAAGAAGGAGACCCCGGUUUGACCCGGGCGAAAUCCAUCUGUCGACCCCCAGUCCGGCCCCCGGAGCCGCCCUCCAGAGGCCCCGCGCCCAAACCUCCCCAGAGCCCGGCGAGCGGCGAGGGCACAUCCUACGUUGCCUCGAAAACAAAGUUUUUUGAAAACGCCUCCAGGCAAGUUGUCAACUCUCCGGCGUCGCCAACAGUGACUAACGUGAAAAAAGAACUGAACUGAAGACAUAAGCUACAUCACGUGACCUCUACCCGUUCUCCUGGGUCCUUUUUGAUCUUAUUAGACAUGCAUCAUCUUAUGACUUUUUUUUAUUGUAUUUUAUAUAUAAACAGUCGUAAGGUACGGCUGCGCAGAAGCACAGAUGGUGGGGAAAAAAAGAAGUCCGUGAUCUUUGAUCCACACAAAUUGAAAUAGCGUAGUUGGGUUUUAGGUUGUUAAACAGUUUCACUGCUUAGUUCAGGCUGUUUCAUUUGUAGGAACUAAACUGUUCCUACUACUAGUGUUGAGUAGAUGAAUACUGGUGAAAACAGGCUUAAUCAGUUUCCUUAUUAGACUAAAUGCUAACUUGUAGAGUAGAUACUAUGGUCCUGCACUGCAGCUCUGGCAAAACCUUCUGAUUUCAGUCAAUGUGAUAAAAAAAAUCUUUUCGUGAGUGAAAGAAAAUCUUAGUAUUAUGGAAGUGGCCCAUUAAUGAGAAUGUUUUAACAGUGAUCUUAAUUGGGACAUAACUAAUCAGGCACAGGUUACAUUUUAGGCAUGACUUACAUGAGCUAGUGUGUAGUUUGAGUUUACACUGAAUGAUAUAUAUAAUGAAUAGAUAAUUGUGUCUCCUCCCUCACGUCUGCCUGCGAUGGACCCACCUCCAACGGGCCGAUCAAGUUGCACCGAACCGUUCUAAUUACAAGGUUCAUGUGUAUAUAACACUCCAUUGUUGUUACAUGUCUUCUUGUUCUUCAAAUUUUUAAUGCUAGUUUUUGUAACAUGAAAAUUGCUUUUCCGGAGUCAAAUAAAUAUGAAGAGCCCUUAAA